GCGGCCCCUUACCACCUGAAGCCUUAUGGGAGAGCCUGAGGCCGUGGCAUGUCGCGGAGCUUUCCAGCAGCAGUAGGGCGGGGGGAAGUCAGGUUAGUUAGAGGCAGCGAUGUUUGGGGAGAGUUGUCCUACUUGCAGUUCGUAGUUUGAGAAGUAAUUGUUGUCAGAGUUGAGUUGCCUGUGGGUGACAAUUAAUUGUAAGUAAACUUUACACCCCGGCACCUUAGGGCUCCUCCUGUGAGGGAUUCGUGGAGUUGCCAGUGCGUAAAUGUCACAUUAGGUGCCCACUUUUUAUUAGGUGGUUGGGGCCUGAGGGACCCUAUUAAUGUAGGACAUUUUAGAUUAGUUACUCAGAGAAUUGGGGCUCAUUCAUCUGGAAACAAAACAGGCUGAGAGAGUGGUCUGAGCACCCAUGCCAGGGCCCGCUUAGAGGCUUAGGGUGCUGCACCCAGUAACAGUGUUUUGGGGACACAUCUAGUUAGUUCCAGUUGAUAGUGUAGCCCCUGUGUGUGCUGCCAUGUUGCGCUCUAUUCAUGUCGGCCGGCUGGUGUCUGUGCUCUCUGGAAGCAGCGUGCUGGUCAAGUGCCUGUGGGGGGCUGUGCUGCUCCUCUACUUGCUCUCAUUUUGGAUCAACACAAUGACCACCGCCUUGGCUGUCACCCCAGGACUACUUUUACCCACCAACCUUAGGAUCUGGACCCUUGCUACUCAUGGACUGUUGGAACUUAACUUUUGUCAUGUACUUUGCAAUCUUCUACUAACACUGGCAGCGGGCCGCUGUUUGGAACCUCUGUGGGGUGCUCCCGAACUGCUUCUCUUCUAUGGAGUGGUCAGCGUUGCCGUUGGAAUCCUGGGUUCUCUCGUGUUUUUGAUGGCUUAUGCCGCAGCACCUCAUUCCUAUUACUUGUUUGCUACCCACAUUCAUGGCUUCUCGGCCUUUGCAGGAGCCGUGUUGGUAGCGCACAAGCAGAUCGCUGGAGAUGGGCAAAUCGAGUCCAAAUGGUGGAUGCAGGCGCUGCCUCAGCUAGUUUUACUGCUGGUUAUGGUCACGAGUUUGGCUGGGCUGAUCCCAAGUCAAAUGUUUGUGGGGUACAGUGUAGGCAUGCUCUCAGGCUGGGUGUAUCUACGAUUUUACCAGCGGCACAGCCGGGGCCGAGGAGAUAUGUCUGACCACUUUUCCUUUGCCAGCUUCUUCCCUGGUCCAGUACAGCCCGCAGCUGCCUUAUUGGGGAAAGUGACACAUGCAGCCUUGGUUAAAUUGCAUCUAUGUUCACAGGCAGUGAGGAGGUAUGAUGUGGGGGCUCCUUCAUCUAUCACCAUCAGCUUGCCUGGCACUGAUCCACAGGAUGCAGAGAGAAGGAGGCAGCUAGCUCUGAAGGCUCUGAAUGAACGCUUAAAGAAAGUAGAAGACCAGGUGUCAUGGCCAAACAUGGAAGAAGAAGAGGAGGAAGAGGAUGGCAAUGAAAUAGACAGCUCAUUCCAUAGUGGAGACACUCCAGGAGAUGAACCAAGUAUAGCACAAUCAUAUGAGGCAGCACCCAAAGUGUAACCGCCAAAUAAGCACUGUUCUGCUAGUGAUCAGACGUGUUCUGCUAAUGUUCUCAUGUUAGACACACUCUGAAGAUCUUGGAGGGGUUUGGGACUGGAGAUUGUGCCCCAUGUAAACACUAAACCAACAGAGCCUCUUAAUUGUAAACUGCUUUUCUAAUGUAACUUCACAGUGGUUAGGCUGCAGAAGAAUGGCAUGCAGGUAUCUUUGUUCUGUGUUCCUCUCACUCUGCCAGCCAUUCUGCUUUAACUCUACUCUGGCAAAGGCUUUGCUUAACUCACAGACAAAGACCAGCCAGCUUCACGCUCAGCCCUUUUCUUGUAAAACAUCAUUCUUCUCUCCAGAUAUGCAGAAGUUUAGUACAGGGGAUUGUCCCAUAUAAAAGCAGGGUAUUGCUCUAUGUCUAUGGAAAAGGAUGGGUGAGGAAGCAGACUGCUUUGAAGUGUGGGACUGCCUGCAGAUUCUUAAAGGAAGUCAACACUAAGCCAUGUAGUUAUGAAGGUGUCAUCUUGCUGUUUAUUAUUGGUUCUGUACCUCUUCAAAUUACUCUCACGGGGUUUGAGAAAAGUGUUGGGGCACGUGAGUGAAUCUGUUUUGUAAAAAUGUUUUGGGCGCUGUUAUACCUGAUUUUUUUUUUGUUUGUUUGGAUUAAAUCUUUUUUGGAGAUGA